AUGGUCAACCACAGCUCCCUGGUGGACUUCCUCCUUCUGGGCUUCUCUGAACACCCAGUGCUUGAAAGAAUCCUCUUCGUGGUUGUCUUGACUUCUUACCGCCUGACUCUAGUGGGCAACGCACCCAUCAUCCUGCUGUCCAUGCUGUACCCCAGGCUCCAUGCCCCAGUGUACUUUUUCCUCUCCAACCUCUCCUUCCUGGACCUCGGCACCACAAAAAGUUUUGCUCCCCAGACGCUGGUCAACCUCUUGGGCCCAAAGAAGACCAUCAGCUUCCUUGGCUGCUCUGUCCAGCUCUUCAUCUUCCUGUUUCUGGGGACCACUGAGUGUGUCCUCCUGACAGUGGUGGCCUUUGACUGCUACGUGGCUGUCUGCCAGCCCCUUCACUAUACCACCGUCAUCCACCCCCGCCUGUCGGCAGCUGUGGCCUGGGUAAUGGGUCUGGUGCAAUCAGUAGUCCAGACACCACCCACCCUCCACCUGCCCUUCUGCCCCCAUCGGCAAAUAGAUGACUUUGUAUGUGAAAUCCCUUCUCUAAUUCAAUUCUCUUGUGGAGACACCACCUACAAUGAAAUUCAGUUAGCUGUGUCCAGUGGCAUCUUCCUGGUCACGCCACUCGCCCUCAUUCUUAUCUCUAAUGGUGCCAUUGCCUGGGCCUGCUCCUCCCAUCUCACAGAGGUCACCAUCUUCUACAGUUUAGUCAUUUCCGUUUACCUCCAGCCCCCAAAUCCCUAUGUCCAGAAGAGAGGCAAGUUCUUUGGUCUCUUCUAUUCAGUGGGCACUCCUCCACUUAACCGUCUCAUAUACACCCUGAGGAACAAGAAGGUAAAGAGAGCGCUCAGGAGGCUGCUGGGGAAGGUGGAGGACUCCAGGGAGGGCUGAGCGAGAACUGCUUGAUGUGCGUGAAAAGUGAGAGCAACUUCUUCAUGGUUUUGUCAGGAAGUCUGUGUUCCCCACACCUCUUCUCUCCUCCCAUCCAUCAUGUCACAGAAAUGGAUGACAGCCACGUGUGUGUGCGUGCAUGCAAGUGUGAGUGUGAGUAUGUGUGUGUGUGACACAGAGAGAGACAGACACAGAGACACAGAGAUUGAAAAUGUGCUAAGGGGAAGUAC